AUGCCUCGUCUGCUGCUUCUGCUCCUCGUCACCGCCAUCGCCGCAAAAGACCUCAGCGCCUCUGAAACCGUCGGCGAUGGAGACCAGGUCUACAUCGUGUACUUGGGGCAUCUACCCAGCAGCGCGGAUGCGUCAGAACAUACUGAAGGCUUCUCUGCUGUAGAACUUGCUCAUCACGACAUGCUGGAUCAGGUCCUCGACGGCGGCAGCUCUGCUUCAGACAGGAUUCUGCGUAGUUACAAGAGAAGCUUAAAUGGCUUUGCCGCCAAGUUGAGCAAAGAAGAGGCACAUAAACUGUCUGGCAUGAAUGGUGUUGUCUCAGUCUUCCCAAGUAGGACCCUCGAUCUUUUGACCACGAGAUCCUGGGACUUCCUGGGCUUCCCUCAAACGCCCAUUCAAGAGCUGCCACUGGAGGGUGAUGUCAUCGUCGGUAUGCUCGACACCGGUGUGUGGCCUGACUCGCCAUCUUUCUCCGAUGAAGGCUUUGGCCCACCGCCGAGCAGGUGGAAGGGUACAUGCCACAACUUCACGUGUAACAAUAAAAUCAUCGGAGCACGCGCCUACAACGGAGGAUCCAGCAGCUCUGGCCAGUCGCCACUGGACGAUGACGGCCACGGCAGCCACACGGCAUCCACCGCGGCCGGGCGCGCGGUGGGCAACGUGAGCAUGUACGGCUUGGCCGGCGGCACAGCUCGCGGCGGGGUGCCCGGCGCCAGGCUCGCCAUCUACAAGGUUUGCUGCGGCGAGGCCGACAUCCUCGCGGGGUUCGACGACGCCAUCGCCGACGGCGUGGACGUGAUCUCCAUCUCCAUCGGUAGCCCCUUCCCGUUUGACUACUUCGGCGACGUGAUAGCCAUCGGCUCCUUCCACGCCAUGAGGCGUGGGGUGGUCACGUCCGCGGCGGCCGGGAACUCGGGGCUGGAUUUGGGGAACGUCUGCAACGUCGCGCCGUGGAUGCUGUCUGUGGCGGCGAGCAGCAUCGAUCGCCGAUUCGUCGACAGGAUUGUCCUUGGGAAUGGCAAGACCAUCGUGGGAGCCUCCAUUAACACCUUCCCAACGCUAUCAAAUGCCACGCUUGCAUUCCCCGUCAACGGGUCCUGUGAUCCAGAGAACCUCGCCGGAGGCUCAUACAAAGGCAAGAUCGUCCUCUGCCAGAAUGCCGCUGCAAACGACGGUUCAGGUCCUCUGUUGGCCGGUGCAGCAGGCGUCGUCAUAGUCAGCCGAAUACCCGAUGUGGCCUUCGCUCUGCCUCUCCCCGGUCUGACGGUAUCUCAGGAUCAGUUCGACCAAACCAUGGCCUAUGUCAACAGCACAAGUCAUCCUGUGGGCACCAUAGACCGCACCGAGACACUGUGGAUCCACAUUCCACAAGCUCCGGUAGCCGCCUCCUUCUCUUCUCCAGGCCCCAACCUGAUCACCCCUCAAGUCUUGAAGCCUGAUCUGUCUGCACCGGGGAUUGACAUCAUAGCCUCGUGGUCGCUGCUGUCGUCGCCUACAGGCAUUCCCAACGACACGAGGAAGGUUCAGUACAACAUCAUCUCCGGCACAUCCAUGGCGUGCCCGCACGCGAGCGGAGCCGCGGCGUACGUCAGGUCGUUCCACCGUGACUGGUCGCCAGCGAUGAUCAUGUCGGCUCUCAUCACCACCGCCACUCCGAUGGACACGGCGGCCAACUCCAACGCCAGCGCGCUCAAGUACGGCGCCGGGCAGCUCAACCCGGUGAGCGCGCACGACCCAGGGCUCGUGUACGACGCAUCGGAGAGCGACUACGUGGCCAUGCUGUGCGCGCAGGGGUACAACGCCACGCAGCUCGCGCUCGUCACCGGCUCCAACGCCACCGCCGCCUGCUCCAACGGCUCGACGACGCCUGGCUCUCCCGGCGACCUCAACUACCCGACCAUGGCGGCCCCCGUGGAGCCGGGGAAGAACUUCACCGCGGUGUUCCCGCGGACCGUCACCAACGUCGGGGCCGCCACCGCCGUGUACGACGUCAGGGUCGGGGUUCCUGCCGAGGCGGCCAGUGUCGUCUCGGUUCAGGUUUCGCCGGCCAGGCUAGUGUUCAGCGAGCAGAACCAGAAGGUCUCGUUCACCGUGACUGUGUCCGGCGCGGCGCUGGAGGAGGGCACGGUCUACUCUUUCACCGUGGUAUGGUACAACGACGAGCAUACGGUGAGAAGCCCAGUGGUGGUGUACGCAAUGCAAUGA